CAUAUGUUUUAACUUGUUAGCAACGCACAAAUAAAAACUAGUCGAAUUUGUAUAAUCAUGUAUCAAAAUUUGGAAGAGCACAACCGGCUGGUCAACCGGUAUCUUAAGAUAUUUUUCAUUGUAACCCUAUAUUGGAGCACGUCAAUUCUUACAGUUUUUGUAAACAAACACUUGCUGAGCAGUGAGUCAGUCAAUUUGGGAGCGCCAGUUUUCAUGUCAUGGUUUCAGUGCGUCGUCAGUGCCGCUAUAUGCUUUGCUAUGAGCCGUUGCAGCCGCAAGUAUCCAAGUGUGUUCAGUUUUCCCAAUGGUGAUCCAUUAAACAUAGACACCUUUCGGAAAAUUCUACCGUUGUCACUGCUAUUUACACUUAUGGUUGGUGCGAACAAUUUGUCGUUAAAGUACGUCAGCGUCGCUUUCUACUAUAUUGGUAGGUCUCUGACCACAGUCUUCAGUGUGUUACUUACAUGGCUGAUCUUGCGCCAGCGUACCAGCUUUAAGUGUCUGCUAUGCUGUGCAGCUAUUGUUGUUGGCUUCUGGUUGGGCGUUGAUCAGGAGAGCUUGACCACCGUUUUCUCAUGGCGUGGCACAAUUUUUGGUAUUCUGAGCUCCUUGGCACUUGCUAUGUACUCUAUACAGACUAAAAAAUCGCUUUCGUAUGUGAAUGAGGAGGUGUGGCUGCUCAGCUACUAUAACAAUCUCUAUUCUAUUGUCCUCUUUUUGCCACUUAUCAUACUGAGCGGAGAGCUGGAAACUAUUAUUACAUAUCCACACCUAUUGGCAGGAUGGUUUUGGGCCGCAAUGAUACUUAGUGGGUUCUGCGGCUUUGCUAUUGGGUUUGUAACGGCCUUAGAAAUAAAGGUGACAUCGCCUCUAACGCAUAACAUUUCCGGGACUGCAAAAGCGUGUGUCCAAACAGUCAUUGCCACUCAUUAUUACAACGACGCCAGAUCGGCUCUCUGGUGGACAUCGAAUGUAAUGGUGCUUGUGGCCAGUGCCGCAUACACGCGAUUUAAGCAGUUGGAAAUGCUACGACGGCACCAGCAGCAGAGUAUAACAACACAAAAAGCCUGACUAUCCAUUAAGAAAUAAGAGUAAGGUGAGUUCACAGAUGAAAAUAGUUUACCCAAGCUUUUAUUCAUUUCGGAAAAAAUGUUCAUACUUAUUUUUACGCACAAAAAACUUAAUUUAAUUUUGAUACGUAUUUAUAUGAGUUGGAUAAAUGUAUCGAAAGUAAUCCCAUGC